GCCCUGCUCGCCCACCCAUGCCUCAGGGAGCACCUCACUCGCCUCAGCCAUCCGGCCCAAGCAGGCCCGUUGUGCCACCAACGGCUGCGCCAGCUACCGCAUCACCCCAUCCGAUGCCUCCACCGGCACACGAAGCUGCCCCGUCGCCUUCGAUCCCAUCUGUUGCAGGGCUGCGUUUAAAUACGGGAGGAAUGCUCGGACAAAAUGCCAUCGCCACACCGGCUCACCAUCCUUCACCCCCUAUUGGGGCAGUACCAGUGCCCACACCUACACCUGUGGCUCCUUCUGGACAAGCAGGAUCGGCUCAUGCUGGUCCUGUCGCUCCACAUGCAGGGCCACCGCAACGUACUGGUCCAGCUGCCAAUGCACCUGCGCCAACCUACGAAGAAAAACGUUUGGCUAAAUUGCAAUCUUCUGGUGCUACGGUUCAAGGGCCGGGGUGGCGGCUCGCCCUGGUCAACAAGCUGUCGCUGGUGAUGAUGAUGCGCCAAUUGUUCGGUAUUUGCAAAAAGCUU